CGGUGUUCAGUCCGCGCCGGCGAGUGGCAGAGAGAACAGCGUCCGGGCCUCGCACCGCGCACGCACUGAGGCGGGGGCGCGCCGGGAACCGCCACGAUCCGCCCCGGAGCCGCCGCCGGCAGCAGAACCGUCCCCUGCGCGGCCAGGGCAGCAGCAGCAUGAGCGGCUCCUCCGGGCGCGCCAGCCGCUGAGCCUCGCCCGCCGCCGCCGCCGGGGCCUCUCGGAUGCUCGAGGCCCCUCCGGGCUGAGGAUGCUGAAGAUGAAGCUGCCGCUGAAACAGACGAGCCACCGGGCGGAGGAGGCGGCGGGGAUGGGGCUGAAGGAGCCCAGCAGCCGGGACUGUCACCUCCAGCUGCAGCAGGUGCCCCGGCCGCCUCCCCGAGGCGGGGCGUCGGCGGGGUGCGGGCGGGAGCGGCCCAGCCAGCUGCCUGGCUUGGGCCCGGGACCUGGGCCGCCGCCGGCUCCUGCCGCGGGCGGGGCGGCCUCCCGCACGGACAAGGAGACGGUGUACGAGUGGUUCGGCCUAGUGCUGGGCUCGGCGCAGCGGCUGGAGUUCAUGGUGGGGCUGCUGGACUUGUGCAACCCGCUGGAGCUGCGCUUCCUGGGCUCCUGCCUGGAGGACUUGGCCCGCAAGGACUACCACUGCCUGCGCGACGCCGAGGCCAAGGCCAACGGGCUCAGCGACCCCGGGCAGCUGGGCGACUUCCGAGACCCGGCCGUGCGCUCCAAGCUCAUCGUCUACCUGGCGCUGCUGGGCUCCGAGAACCGAGAGGCCGCUGCCCGCCUCCACUGCCUGCUGCCCCAGGUGGACUCCGUCCUGAAGAGCUGCGGGGCUCGCGUGCGGGAGGAGGAUGGGCCCGAGGAGGACAUGGAAGGGCCUGGAGAAAACGGCCAAGCCCUCCCUGUUGAGAGCCUGGGCUUCGGGGCGCAGGAGGAGCUACUGUUGCUGUUCACUAUGGCCUCUCUGCACCCCGCCUUUUCCUUCCACCAGCGGGUCACCCUGAGGGAGCACCUGGAGCGGCUGAGGAGGGCCCUCUUUGGGGACCAGGAGGAGGAUGCCUUCGGCCCUGCAGCUCAGAAUGACUUUUCCCAUAAUGACUGCAUGCCAAGUAAUGAGAACAGUUUGGAUCACACCACACCACCUCAUGAUGGACUUUCGAUGGCCUCUCAUAGACCUCAGCGGGAAGCUGUACACAUUGAGAAGAUAACACUGAAAGGAGUACCAAGAAAAAGGGCUGAUAAACAUUUGGAGUACACCUUCAAAGUAACCUGGUCUGAUCUUUCCGUCACAUGUGUAACAAAAACACAUCAGGAGCUGCAGGAGUUCCUACUAAAAAGACAAAUGCAGUCCCUUUCCCUGAGGAGCUCACAAAAUCUUCCAAAGGAACUGUCUUCUGAAGCGUUUGACAAGACCAUUUUACGGGCACUAAAUCAGGGUUUCCAGAAGAAGGAAGAACGGCGGCACCCAGAUCUAGAGCCAAUAAUAAGGCAGCUAUUUUCAAAUAUGUCACAGGCUUUUCUGCAGAGUCAGAGAGUGUACAACUUCUUCCAGUCAAUUUCAUCAGAAUCUUUGCACACUCACAGUAACUUACAACCCUCUUUGAAGACAGCUAAGGCAUCAGAACACUUCAAGGAGGACAGUUCAGAGGCUUCAAGUCAGGAGGAAGAUGUAAUGCAGCACACAUCAGUCCAUAAAAAACAUAAUGGGAAAAGUCCUGUUGCCAACACUAGCAGUACAAAAUGUUCUUCACUGGAUGGCCUUAACAUAAAACACUCUGAACAGAAUGGGGUAGUGGAUUGGAGAAGAAAAAACUGCACUGUUCAACAGCAUCCAGAGCACUGUACAAACUUACUUGAUCAGCAUGCAGGAGAGAAACGGGGCUUAUCUGCAAUAAGCAAGAAGAAAGGAAAGCCACAACUGGAAAAGGAUAAAAUAAAGAAAACUGACAGCAGAUUGAGCAAUAGGAUUAAUGGAGUUAGAGUUGCAGCAGCACAGCAUAUCCGUGCAGGGGCAGCAAAAGAUCUGAAUUUGGACGUUGGAUCUGGACAUGACACAUGUGGAGAAACAUCUUCAGAGAGUUACAGUUCUCCUUCUAGCCCACGACAUGGGAGGGAAAGCUUUGAAAGUGAAGAAGAGAAAGACAGAGAUACAGACAGCAAUUCAGAGGACUCUGGGAAUCAAGAUGCAGCCAGGUUUACUGUUUAUGGUGCUGGCAGUCCAUCAAACAUCAAAGCAGCAACUCAGAUUCCUUCAGUGAGUAAUGAGAAUGGAAGUAUUUCAGAGGAUCCUUUAAAUUCAAAGUUUCAACAUAUUUCAUUUAUGCCUGCCUUACACUGUGUGAUGCACAAUGGUGCACAGAAACCUGAAGCUGUAGUUCCACCACCCAUCUCUGCUGAUGGUAAAACAAUGGGAAUGCUUGUUACCACUCCUGUCGCUAUAUCGCCAAUGAGAGAAUCUGCAAAUUCAACUCCAGUUGGAGUAGGGCCAGUGGCUUCCGGUGAAUCUGAAAAACGCCUUGAGCUGUUGGCUUCCCCUCUACCAGUACCAUCCACUUUUCUUCCACAUUCUGUCCAGCCUGGUAGCCCAGCUUUGCAUUUGGCAAUACACAGAUUGAAAAUACCCUCUCCACAGGGAUCGUCUGAAAAUUGCACAGUUAAUGGACCACAGCAACCAACAGGAAACUUAAGCAUUGGCUCACCAAAUACUGCCUUUAUCCCAGUCCACAGCCCAGGUAGUUUUCCAGGAUCCCCCGUUCCUAAUACAGAUCCCAUCACAAAACCUGCAUCCCAAGUGGUAGGACUGAAUCAAAUGGUGCCUCAUAUUGAGGGGAACACCGGAGCAAUCCCUCAGCCUACCAGUCUAAAGGUGGUUCUUCCCGCAGCUGGUCUUUCAACAGCACCUCCACCGGCUUCCUAUACUUUGCCAGGCACUCCUCAUGCUACCAGUGUGUUGCCCAACCAGAAUACAAAUGUGCUGAACACUGUAGCAACUUCCACACCUCCUCAAUCAGCUGGUUUAGGUGUUGGUCAAAUACAGUCAACUAUUCCCCCUGCAAUACCUACCCAUACACCAGGCCCUGCCCCUAGCCCAAGCCCUGCUUUAACACACAGCACUGCGCAGAGUGACAGCACAUCCUAUAUAAAUGCUGUUGGAAAUACUAACACUAAUGGGACUUUAAUGCCUCCACAGCAGUUGGGGUCUGGGGCUUGUGGUUCUUGUGGACGUAGAUGCAGCUGUGGGUCCAAUGGAAGCCUUCAGAUCAAUAGCUAUUUUUAUCAUAACCCUAUUCAUGGACAAGUCUACAGAGUUCCACCUUUCUUCACUCUGCCAUCUCUUUGCAAUGGCAGCUACCUCAACCAAGCACAUCAAAGCAAUGGAACACAACUUCCUUUUUUCCUGCCUCAGACUCCAUAUGCAAAUGGACUGAUGCAUGACCCAGUAAUGGGGAGCCAAGCCAACUAUGGUAUGCAGCAAAUGGCAGGAUUUGGGAGGUACUAUCCUGUAUAUCCAGCACCUAACGUAGUUGCCAACACAAAUGGAUCGGGGCCCAAGAAGAAUGGGAAUGUUUCAUGUUACAAUUGUGGUAUAAGUGGACACUAUGCGCAGGACUGUAAGCAGUCAUCCAUGGAGGCCAAUCAGCAAGGCACUUACAGACUGAGAUACGCACCUCCCCCUCCCCCUUCCAAUGAUACCUUGGAUUCUGCAGACUGAAACAAGUAAACAUUGCCUACAUAACAAACUGAAGUUUGGGGAAUUGGGGGGGAGGGGGAAUGUUUCUUGUGGUCUUGCAUUUGGGAUAUUCCUGGUUUUAUAUUCUUUUGGAAUUUUUCAUUGAUCUUGCACCUCUGUUCAAUACAAAAGAAGAAAACUGAGUCCCUGAUCUCCUGAUUCUGCAAAAAGCUUACAUAAUGCAUGUAACUCAAACACACAGCCAAACAAUCAAAAGAGCAUUUGAACCAUACUUUUGCACUGAAGACUUGAGACAUGUGCAAUGUUUACUGCAUUUUUUAAAAUGUCCUUUGACCUCUGACAUCACUGGUGGAGCAGCCAUAUGGUUGAAAGAAGAAACUUGGUCAUGUUCCCUCACAAUCCCCCCUCUUCUGUCCCACCCCACUCCACCCCCAGCCUGUUCUCCUUAUGCUGCUGUUUUUGUUUCUCUCCCACCUUCACUAUGUGUCCACAUGGUUUCAUUGGACUGCAUGAGUAUUUGGCAGUUUAUACAGAGUUUGUCCAUACUAUAGCAAAAUGUUAUGCUCAUGAAUUAUAUGGGGAAAUUGUUUAGUCUUCCUGUGAGGAACAAGACUAAAGAUUCACAGAAUUGUGUAUAUAUGUAAUAUCUUGUAUUAUACAUACACACAGCUCUGGGUCCAGAGUAAAUGAAAAUACUUCAAGUGGGAAGGGAAUGAAACUGUGUGGACUUGAACAGAUUUAUGAACAUGAGCAAGCUUAAACUGAAAGAUCUAAUUUCCAUUGUAGUGUUUUAGCCUGAUUGUUCCAAGAGACAAAGGAGGAGGGGGGACUGGUAUGAAUGUUGUAUUCCAUGUGUUUGCAUUUCUAAUGAAAGCUGACAGUGAGUCCUUUUUUAAAAGCUAUUCUACUUCUGUGUCAACACAGAAUGAACAUUACUUGAUUGAUUCGAUUUUUCCCUAAACUAUUAGUGUUGCAUUGUAUUUAGAAUGUAAAUGGUUUAUUUCAGUCUGAACAAAAGUUAUGGUUUUCUACAAAAUAGUCAGGUAUUCGUAUUAGGACCGGUCUACCAAAUAGCAAAGUCACUAUUUUAUAAUAAUUUACCACUAUGCGUGAUUAUGGUAUAAUGUGAAAGACUGAAAUGCGUGUGCUAAGAUGGUAUUAAUCAUGUUGGUGUCAUGUCAGUAAGUUUUAAUGCUGCUGUAUUUUUAUUUUUAAAAGCCAAUAUGUACUAAAUUGCUUCCAGGUAAUAUUUGAUUUCCUAAAGUGCACUGAGGUUAUCUGGAAGAUUGAGUGUAUUUUUCAUGACUGCUACAUUCAACACCGAUGAACAAUUACCACUGUAUAUCCAUAGGUUUUUGGCAUUCCUCACAGUUCAUAGCAGAAAUGAAAGACUUUUUUUUAAGAUGCUGGUAUGCAGUAGAGGGACAAAAGUAAAAUUGUCUGGGGGUUCAGCUGCCUAAUUGCUAAACAAAAACUUGAAGAAAAAAAGCUUGAUUUACUAAAUGUCUUCAUAGGUAGCAUUUAUAUUUAUAGCACCAGUAUACAUUUUUCCCUUUGGGGGUGGGGUAGGGUAGAUGAAAGCUUUAAUUUAAAAAGAAAAGAAAAAGUAAGUAGUAAAUGGAAAUUAUUUUGAUUAAAAAUAUUUUAUUUGAUCUGGGUAUUUUUGGACCGCAUUAUUAAAUGAAUUAACUGCAUUUGAGUUUAAGUGAGGGUGUUAAAGCACCAUGGACUCACAUUGUGAAUUACCUGCCAGUUGUACUUUAUGGAACUUAUUUUAUGAUUUAAAAUACUGUACUGUAAAUAGGAGGUAUGUUACCUUCUCUUUAUUUGUAUGUUUACCAUAUACUUUGAUAUUUGAAAUGUUAUGUACUGGAAAGGUCACUUAUAUUUCUAGAACAGAUUGGAUUUUAUGCAACCUUUCUUCCUUGAAUUAACAGCAAUAAAAAAGGAAAAAAGCG